UAAAGCUGUUGUUUAAUUAAUGACCGCUGGGUGGCGGCAACACGCUGAUGGACCAGACCACACAGAAGAAGAGGAAGAAGAAGAAGAAGAAGGAGGAGUUUAAGCAGUAAAGAUGGCGGAAAAUAACAGCACGGAGCGUACGGAGGAUACCAACAUGGAUAAAAAUGUUGCUCCUGGAGAAUCUGCGAUGGUGAUCACCGUGAAAACCCCCAAUGGGAAAGAGGAAAUUUCUAUUUCGGAGGAUUCUUCUGUCUCCCAGUUCAAACAGGAGGUGUCCAAAAAGUUCGAGGCCCCGCAGGACCAGCUGGUGUUGAUAUUUGCUGGAAAGAUUCUGAAGGAUGAGGAUUCUUUAAACCAGCACAAAAUCAGAGAUGGCAUGACCGUUCAUCUUGUCAUCAAGACUGCACCGAAAUCAACAGGUGACGGUACAUCUCAGACAAGUUCCAGUUCUGCAACGCCUCAAAAUAGCAGCAGCAGCAGCAACGCCACUGUAGCAGACAGAGCAGGAAGUGGCACGAGUCAGACACCAACAGAGCCUGCUAAUGCAAUGAGUGGACUCGGUGACCUGUCCGGCUUGUUAGGCAUGGGCAUGCGUUCAUCCAGCUUCAUGGAGAUGCAGCAGCAGGUGCAGAGUCAGCUGAUGUCCAACCCACAGAUGAUGUCGCAGAUGAUGGGCAGCCCCCUGGUCCAGAACAUGAUGUCCAACCCAGACCUGAUGAGACAGAUGCUCGCAGGCAAUCCCCAGAUGCAGCAGCUCGUGGAACGGACCCCGGACGUCUCCAGCAUGUUCAGCAACCCUGACCUCAUGAGACAGAUGCAGAAUCCUGAAACACUGUCUAUGCUGACCAACCCCAGAGCCAUGCAGGCCCUCAUACAGAUCCAACAGGGCCUGCAGACCUUACAGACAGAAGCCCCGGGAUUCAUGUCCAGAUUGUCUCCCGGAGGUCUCGCGGUUCCUCCAGCCACAGGGGGCAGCAUCCCCCCAGAGAUCCCUCAGCCGCCUGCCAUGGCAACCGGAUCCAGUCCCCUCUCAGCCACCAGUUCCUCUCAGCAACAGCUCAUGCAGCAGAUGUUACAGAUGUUUGCAGGCGGAGGGCCAUCACUCCAGACCCCGGAGGUUCGGUUCCAGCAGCAGCUCGACCAGCUCAACACCAUGGGCUUCAUCGACCGCCAAGCCAACCUGCAGGCACUCAUCGCUACGGGAGGGGAUGUCAACGCCGCCAUCGAAAGACUGUUGGCCUAACCCACUCGUUUCAUUCUGGGGGUUGAGGGUGGAAGACGGGGUAGAGUUGGGGACUGGCAUGGGCGAUUUGAAAUAAGUUAAUACAUAAACACCAUCCUACAUCAAAUAAAUAAGUCUGACCUGACACCCAGAUAGACGCAGUGGUAUUCCAAUCACUUGUUAUCUCUUCAGCUGAUCUGUAAAUCAUAGGAAGGAUAAACAGGGGAGGAUGGGAAAUCAUAGUGGAAGGAUGUUGUUGGUUUCUAACAGAAUUGGUCCUAUGCUAAAGCUAAAUGCCGUGGCAGAUGAGAUAUGGUAAGUACAUAUAAAUAGAGAAGUAAAAAAAUAAAGCAAAUAAGCGGUAUAUACAACUAGUAAACUGUGACGUGAAUUUCCGUCCGGGGAUAAAUAAAUGUAUAUAUAAAUGUGUCUAUCUAAAAGUUAUGAGGUAACUAAGUGACAAAUUAAAAUGACAAGUUACGAGGUGAAGUGACACGGUUGAUUAAUAGCAGCCUGUCUAGUAUAUAUGUAAACAAUGUACACCAGAAUAAUAUAUACUGUGAUUAAGUGAUGGAGUAUAUGUAGUACUGCUUCAGAGAAAUAACGCCACAACUCUCCUUGUUGCGACCAAUGAGUUACUCCUGCCAGGCCUGUCGGAGAUGAUUUCAGACACGAUAAGUGCUCAUUCACUGGAUGUCUGCACGAAGUUAUCAAGGAAUUAAUUCUAAUAGUUACUAAUUUUACAUCCAUUUUAACAGAUUGUAUUUGGUGGUUAGGUUGUUGUUGUAGUUUGGAUGAUGGUCUUCUGUGCGCUCAGCUUGUUUUUACAUGUUUGGUUUUUUUUUUCAAUCCUCUUGCCUGGUAUUUAUUUAAGUUAUCUCUUCAUGGAAGUUUUUCACCCUGGCAGGUUCGUGACACCUUGUAUUUCUCCCCCAAAAUGUUUCUCAGUACUGAUUCUUGUGGUGGUUUGCACUGCUGCCUAAAUGUUUAGGAGGAGGACAAAGUCAAAAGUUUUCGGAUUUUAGGACCAAGUGUGUGUAAUGUGUGUGUGGAUGAGGGUUGGACAAUGUGACAUUUAAACAUAGUGAGAAGAUAAAGACUUUUCAACUGGUAGAAAAUUUGCUACAUUGAGGUAAACUGGCGCUGUGUCGUUGGAACGGGUUGAUUGCUCGGCCUGUGCUAUUGGACCCCAAACUGCUAUAGAUUUAUUAUGAUUAUGUUUAGAUAGGAAACAUAUUAAAUUACUAUUCUAGCCCAUACCCUGAAAUAACUUACAAAAGGCCCCAAAGCACUUAAAACAUGUUCAUCUCAAUUGUAUACUACUUAUUGUGUACUUCUACUUCAGAGGAAAACAUUGUACUACUACAUUUAUCUGACAGAGAAAUGUAACUGGUUACAUUGCAGAUUCAGAUUUUACUCACAAAGUAAUUAAUUAAAAUAUGAUGCAUUAUUGUUAAUUAAGCUAUCCAGCAUUAUAUUAGAACUGAAAGCUUGACAUUUUGAUUUUCAAUUGAUCUGUUUAAUAUCUCUAGUUGUAUUGGCGAUAAUUUCCAGACUGUGAUAUUGGAUUUACAGAAUUUUCCUGGAAUACAUUUGUUAGGUUUUUCAUUUGCAGAAUUAGCCAAAACAGUCAUUUCCAUCUGAUUAUUUUAAUCUAUAAAAUGUUCUACAAUCACAAUAUAGCCUUAAAAUUUACAUAUGCCAUGUCAGAGGUUCAUAUCACCCACCACUAGUAUAGACCGUCAUUGAAAUUUACUUUCUUAGCCGACAGGUGUGGUUCAAGUUGAUUUCCUGUAGACGAACUGUGUAAAAGUAAAUAAAGUAAAUACACUUGCA